AUGAAUACAAAAGUUAGAGGACCAGAGGAUUAUGAGGAACAAGGAUUCAAAUUACCGAAAUCUCGCAAUCUAUUGCCAUCGAAGAAAUACCGCGAGAGUGUAUUAAGAUGGGGCGAACCAAGCGAAUUGAAACGAAGACGCCUUAUAAUUGUCCCCUCCAUAAAAUGUCCAGCCAGGGAUAUCUCUGCGACAACGGAUGGCAAAGGUAGGAGAAAAUUAGUACAGGAUACUUGAAAUUUAUAGUGGAGUGAGUGAGUGACAGAAAUGUUUUAAUGUCGCGAGUUUUAUGAAAGAUUAGCAGUUCUACACAUGUACAUUGGUUGUAUACGAGGAGAACCAAAGUUUUCCUAAUUGCGUGGUGGCGUCAUUUUGCAAAAUCCUGGAUUAUCUUGUGAGCCUACAGUGACAAAAAAUUUGAUAAACAAACCACUUAAUAUAGCCUAAGAGCAUUCAUUCAAGCAGCACAUUAGCUUUUAACCGAGUUAACACCAGCUGCUACAUUUGCCUAGCUUUUCAUUCUGGGAGUGCACAACAUAAAUCAAGGUCAAGUAAAAUAAGUAAGAUUUUCUGCGCUAAAAUAGUUAUUUUUAUCUUUUAAAGGCAAGAAACUUCAAGCUGACUCGGAAUCAGAUGGCUUUGCUACUAAAGUGGAAAGUUAUAAGAAGCGAUUAGAGGAACGCAAGAAGAUCAGAGGCAUCUUAAAUAACUGUGGGCUUAGACAGGACUGGCUUACAAACAAGAGUGGAAAAACUGAACUAGAAAGUCGGGUGCUUAAACGGAUGCAACUGAAAGGGCGACCUGAAAUCACCAUCAAAGAAGUAAGUUCUAAAGCAUCUGUUUGGCAAACCUUCUGAAACUUCUUACUCUCUGUUUUGGUCAAUACCUUGGACUUUAGUUCAAGGCUUGGCCUAAUAAGACUCAUCCUCUAGCUGUGGGGUUCUUGAUUCACUGGCAAUUCUCCGCACUUUGUGGCUGCUUGCCUCUUUGAGGUGGGGAGAAUUACUCAGGAUCUAUAAGACACCAAUAACCCUGGGGAGGGGAGUUAUCAACAGAGUUUAAUAUGGGUUGGAAGACUCUACCCCAAGGUCCAGCCCCUUACCCUUUUAUAUACCAUUUUUCAUAAAAAAAGGUACCCCUUUCGUGUAUGAUCUGUUUCCAAAAUUUAAAAUGGUACCCCUUUCACAUGCCUGCAGUAUAGGUGUGUAGUUUACAACUUUGCAACCGUUUAGACUGCUGUAAAUGCUCUGUGAAUCAAUCAGAAAAACAGAAUGUUUUCUUGACUUUUUAAAGCCAAAAAUUCAUUCAUCUUUUAGCCCUUUUGGACCCUUUUACAGACAAAAAUGAGAGAUUUUUCUACCUUGUCAUGUACUUCAACCAGUGAAAUCCCUACCUUUUCAUACACCUGUAGGCCAUCAUAGGGAGUACCCUUUUCCCCCUCCCCCCGUGCCAAUGGCUUGAGUCGAAUCCUAGCCUUGGCUCUGCCCUUUCUUUGUUUUCUUACUGUCUUUCCAUGCUUAUUAACCCUUUAAACCCAAGAUCAACAUACAAAUUCUCCAUACUGGCAUCCAUACAUUUCUUGAAAGACUGCUUGAGAGAAUUUGUUAAAAGAUCAAAGCAUAUUUCCUUAUUGUACAUGUUAGGAGGUGAUCAUUUUAUUAAUACUCAUAGUCUUUCUACUUGAUUAUAUACUGAUAAUGUUAGGAGAACGUUGAUGUUGGUCACUCUUGGGAACAUGAAAGAAGGAAUAGUAGCACCCUGUAUAACUGUAACCAAGAUAAUCCCCUGAUAAAAAAAAAUUGCGUGAAACAUUUAGCUUACAGUGCCACUUGUAACUAAUGUUAUUGCUCUCAUAAAGGCACCUACUCCUCCCCCAGCGAUUGAAGAGGACACCUCUAUAACUGGAGAGGAUAGAGGUGUGCCAACCAUCCACCACCCCUCCCCUGCUGCAUUAGCUGUCAUACAGGAAUACUUGGGGCACAAGAGAUUGCGUCUGCUGGACCUGUUUGCUCAAGCUGAUAAGGACAAAAACUGGGCGGUGUCUCGGCAAGAGUUUAGGAACAUCAUCCGGUCAUGGAAGAUCCCACUGACUGAAGCUGAUCUGGAGGAUUUGAUCAUUGCCUUGGACAGAGACAACAGUGAUGCUUUGGAUUACAGGGAGCUGGCUGUGGGAAGACAAUCUUACUUGGAGGAAAGGUCAGCAAUAAAUAUGCAUUUUUGCCCAAACGUGGGGUCAAUGUUGGCCAAGUUUUCUGUGAGUUUUUAUGGACUGAGACAAAAGCCCAUCUUGCACUACUGAUAGACAGUCAGAACACAGGUUUUGCUCCAUCUUGCCUGCUCACCAAAGUUCAAUGGUGUGUCUGACUAGGUAUGAAGACAAACAACAUUUCGCUUUCUGUCCAUAAAAACACUUGCAGAUCAAGAAAAGGGCUGAAACCAUAUCACUGUCAGUGAUGCCUUCAUUACAAGCAAUGUCCCUCUUUGUCAAGAUUCCCAAAAUUGAGCAAAAUAUUUAAGGUCCAAUAUGUCCACUCCUAUAAGACUCCAAUAUGUCCUGCUCCUUAAACGAAGUCCAGAAGGCUUCAAUUUGAAGUGACUUAUGAUUAAAAAUUUAUGAAUUACUUUCAUCACUGCAGGGUCACCAAGCAGACAGCUGAGUUUGUCCAAAAUCCCACGACGAAGUCAACAAAGAGACCAGAAACUAUCCCAGAAGAACCAGAACCCAGCCAAGACCCUUCUCAGGAAAAGGGAACACAGAGGCCAGGGUCUCCCCAGAUGUCCCCUUUGCCUCAAAGACCUCCCUCAGCCCCAAAGUCCCCCUCCCCAAGGAGGCCCUCGACGUCACCGCUGAGACCCUACUCGCCAUCUUCAGGCAUGAUGGCGCCAGCGGCUGCAGCCUUUGUUGGCCACCGACCAGAUUCUGAACCACAAAUGAAAGGAGCACGUCCAGUUUCUCCAACUGGUACACAUAGUAGCGGCAGCAUGUCACCUACUUUGUUAGAAAUUCCAGCCUUUCAGUUGUCAGAAAAGGUGGAGCAGUUAACAGAGGAUGAGGUGAGGGUUAAUUGACGCGAUUGAACUUCUACUCUAAGAAAAACUAAAACGUGAUAAGUUUUUGUAAGUCGUCACAUACGGCUCUCUCUCAGUUUUUGGCGCGUUUUACGUUCGUGUUUCGUAAAGUACAUGUAAGAGGUCAAACGAGGAAACAAAGGGGCAGUGGGUGAGAGAAAUAAGGCAAAGAGAAUCGCUUUUUCCUCUUGCCCUCGCCCCCUCCCCUAUCGAUUUCUCGUUUGAUCUCUGUUUAUCUUUCGUGCGGCUUUUUCUCUUCUUUUACGAAUCACAAACGAAAAACACACUAGAAAACCUGCCAGCUACACAGGCUAUACAAACAAUGGAUAAAACAAGAUUUCGUUGAUUGUUCAACGUGCCUAAUUUCUCAAUAAUAAAUUUUUGCGUAUUUGCUACUGAAUUUGAAGAUAAAUCUACAAGGUUGGUAAGUAAAAGCACGAGAAAUUGGAGUACUGGGGAGAGAGAGUAAGAAUUGGAGGAAAGAGGAUGUUUAUCUUACUAAUUUUCGCGUGUACUAAAUUUCCCGACAAUUUGAAAGCCGUGUUUCGCGACUGAUUAAUUUCGAACUAAAGAGACUGAAAUUCUUUUGAUUCUUCAAUGUUAUGGUCUUAAGACAGGUAAUAAAAUUCUGGAAGUUUAUAUUUGUUUCGCUCACGUCUAUCAUAAAGAGAUUACUGGAUCACCGACGGAAGUUCGAAGACUAGGGGACUGAACAACGGGUUGGAAGUAUAUGGGUUUCGAAGUUACGUAUUCUUAAUUAAAACCUGUAAGUAUCUUCGUUGCAGAUAAAAAAGAGACGCUCGAAAAAGCAGCAAAAACGAAAAGAGAAAGAAAAGAAGCAACGAAAGAGAGUUGCACCAGAAAAAGCAACUGUGGCGCCCUCCACCAUGGGGGGUAGGCUAGGGGAGAUGGUAGACCGCUAUCGUAGGAUGACCAUGAAAGAGUAUAAUGAUGUUGUGGAAAUGUGUCAGAUGCACGGAGUACCAGUUAGCAAGGCUGUGUUGGGAAAAGGUGAGGCUGUGCAGGCGUGUUCAUUUCUCAAGAAUAUGGCCGGUUUUAUUGACCAAGCAGCAGUCCAUUUGAUGCAUUGGUCAAUUCCACCAGUUGCAUUCCCCACCCCUUGGCAUAUACCCCUGGGAUUUGUUACUGCUCCCCAUUCCGCGGCACAGAGAAGAGGGAAUCUAUCUUCCUGCCGGGGACUCUCCAUUUCCGUCCUGAAAUAGGUCGUUUGUAAAUAUAGAUCAGAUCACUAUAAUAUAGCUGGAAACCAUGUUUACACAGGGGCGAAAAUGUAAGCAAAAGGCUCGUGUAUAGAACGUUUUCACUCACGUGGCCUGCAGCAAAUUUAUUGGAGCAAAAGAAAGAUUGUUCAAAAGGAAAAAGAUUCAACUUCCACAGGACUGGUUUGGAUCAUCAACAUGGAUGCCGUUUGAUUGUGUUGGGACACCAAUAUGGCAGACGUGACGUUAUGUGAAAACGCUCUGUGCGCAGGCGCAGUAGUGUGCCAAUUACCAGUGACUUUCGUUUGUUAACAUGUCACUUGGGCCAGUGUUGCUGCCUGUGUUUUUGCCAGCAGAGUAUGUCACUGGUGAUACAAAGGCUGAAAGUCAUACGUUUGAAGGUGUUUAACUAGCCUGCGCUGCGUAGUAGGCGCUUGGAAGUAAUAGGCUGAUUUAGCAAGAGAACGGGAACGUCAUUUGACGACGGGAAAGCGCGCGGAAAGGAUUAAACUCGACUUCCGGUGCCCAAUUUGCCGUUCAACCAUUCGUCAAACCAGUUGUUUGAUUUGCGCGAGCCGUCGUCAACUGACGUUCCCGUUCUGUUGCUAAUCAGCCUAUUAUGCGAGAAAGAACGAGGCGCGCGAGGGAGACAAGCGAGGAGAGAGGGAGCUCCCUCUCCCCUCGCGUGUCUCCCUCGCACGCCCCGUUCUUUCUGGCACCCAUUUCUUUCAAGCGCCGGCCGUGCAGGCGAGGAUGGAACAGAGAACUAAACGAAGGAUUUCUGACUAUUUUUCUCUGUAUGUUUUAUUUCAGUUCUUCUUCAUCCAGAAGAUAAACCGCUGUCCAAGAUAAAACUGACUGCGCGGAGACCUGGGCUUUUUUCUAUAACAGCCAGACACCACAUUCCAGCCACUAAGCUCCAGUCUUCAACGGUUGUUAGCAACCCACGGCGUCCUAAGUUUAGAGACCCGGGCCCAAGUAGCUGA